CCUGUCCACCAGGCACGUACGGUAAGAACUGUAACCGAGUAUGUCAGUGCUCCGCCGAGAAUGAGGAAUGUCACCCGGUGACUGGCGACUGCGCGUGCCGCCCGGGGUACCACGGGGCCCACUGCAACCUCCGGUGUCCGAAAGGUACUUAUGGUUCAAACUGCCAAAAACCCUGUAAAUGCAUGAAUGGAGGCCAUUGCGACCCCGUGUCGGGAACUUGUGAUUGUGUGCCUGGUUUCAUUGGAGCCGACUGUAGUAAAACUUGCCCUGAAAACCGAUAUGGGAAGGACUGCGCCCUGUUCUGUGCAUGUGGUAAAGGUCAGUGUGACCCACAGACUGGCAAGUGUACCUGUCCUCCCGGCCAAAUGGGACCCGGCUGUCAGCAAGUGUGUCCCCAGGGACAAUAUGGCCCCAACUGCCACCUGACAUGUACCUGUCAGAACGGCGGUAUCUGUGACCACGUGGAUGGCAACUGCACUUGCGGGCUCGGCUGGAUGGGAAGAUCAUGUGAGAAGGCAGAAUGUCUCCCAGGGAAGUAUGGGUCUGGCUGCAGCUUGGACUGCUUGUGCCAGCACAACGGCACCUGCGACAGGUUCACGGGCUGCUGCCGGUGCCCCGAGGGUUACUACGGCCACUCCUGUGAGCACAGGUGCCCCCUUGGAUUUUAUGGGCUAAGCUGUCUUCACGCAUGUGCCUGUAAAAAUGGAGCGAGCUGCGAUGCGGUGACAGGACAGUGCAUUUGUCCUCUGGGUUAUCAAGGCGUCCACUGUGAAAAAGGCUGCGACAGGGGCUGGUUUGGAGAGAGGUGCCGGCGCCGGUGUGACUGCGGAGAUGCUCCUUGUGAUCCAGAGACUGGGAAGUGUUUUUGUCCACCUGGGAAGACUGGAGACAAAUGUGACAUCGAUUGCAGGUCAGACCGGUACGGCCCUGACUGCUCCCUGCAAUGCCAGUGUGCCAGCAAAUCCCAGUGCAAUCCGUACAAUGGUAACUGCAUAUGCCCAGCCACGUGGAUGGGGCCAACCUGCAAAGAAGGUGGCCCUCCAAAGCUUCCUUUUUAUGAAGAACAAACUCAAGAAAGAGGGAAUAUUUUUCCAAGAGCUCUACAACAGUAACAUUUGGACUAAUAAAUGAACUGUUUUAUAUGCACAGAAGGUAUUUGAAUUUGGAUAUGAAAACAGUUAUUCAAUUCAGCUUGAAUUGUACUGAAAUAUUCACACUUCUUAUGGAAGACUACAGAGGCCAUUUAGUAGCUGGAUCCUUUUUAAAAGUUGAAUCUGCUUUAUGGUAUUUAUUCCUAGCCUCCAUUAAUGUGCUUUGGACAUUCUUUCUGAUACAUAAUAUAAAUUCAUUGUUUGGAAGCUUGGACAUGUUUU